AUGAAUCGAAGAAGAAAAUCUAUGAGCAUAAUCACAAAUCCAUGUGAUCAUAUUAUUGACGACGAUGACGACUACAUUGUUUCUGUAAAGCGCAAAAGACAACGCAUUUUGAGUAUUUCAGAGGAUAGUGAUAGUAAUUUAUCGCAUCAAUGUCCACUGAACAGUCUACGAGUUGCUGAAGACGUUUCUAAUCAACAUGAUUCUCUCCAGCAUAGCGAAGAAUCUAGUUCGCGAUGUAACCUCUCUAGCCAGAGUAAACCCAUUGAAUACUUUGAACUAUUCUUUGAUUCGACACUAUGGUCACUAAUAGUUGAAGAAACUAAUAAAUAUGCGGAGUAUUCAAGGCAUUUACCUAGAGAAUUAGAAUCAUUUGAAAUAGAGAUUUGGACACCAGUUACGGUUUUAGAGAUGAAGGCAUUUAUAGCAGUGCUAUUGGAAAUGGGAAUUACAAGAAGACCCAGUAUACGUUCGUAUUGGUCCGAAAAUUCACGUAACAUACCGUGGAAGAAUGUUCUCUCGAAAUAG